UUUAGACAAUAUUUGACUCUAUCAGAAACACUGUUACUUUCAUUUUGAGAAAUACUGCUUAACAUUGCCUUGCUUUUCUAAAGUAGAAUAAUUCUAGUUUGGAGCUUCUAUUGAAGAUCCUAAUAACAUUUUUACAUUCAAUUUAAAAUUUUGAAGAGAGGUUUUGGAAGAGAUGACACAAAGCCCCCAGAUAGCCACCCAGACUGAUCACAGGAAUCAAGGAACCAAUGAAAAGAAACAAGGUGUAAAGGACAAGUGUAAGAUGACAACUUGCGGGUGUGUUACAUUUGCAUCUUUAAUUAUUAAUAUUAUUCUAAUUAUUUUAUUAGCAUUUAGGAGUACUCAGGAUUCCUGCCCAGAUGAUUGGAUUAGUUUCCAAAACAAAUGCUAUUAUUUCUCUAAAGAAGAGGGGGAUUGGAAUUCAAGUAGACACAACUGUGUCACUCAACGUGCUGACCUAACUAUGAUUGACACUGAGGAAGAAAUGGCAUUUCUUAAGCGAUACAAAUGCACUUCUGAUCAUUGGAUUGGGCUGGAGAUGACAGAAAAUCAAGCAGGACGAUGGGUAAAUGGAACCAUAUUUAACAAAUGGCCUGGAUCUUUUUUAUAUCAAUGUUAGAAGACUCCUGUAAUUAAUUUCACAGGAUCUAUAAAUCAGUUUGGAAAGUGUUGUAUUUAUAAUAUUUCUUAUUCAUUUAUAAUAUAUAUCUUAUGUUGGUGUUUGUCUUCUUGUAUAAUUUAUAGUUUUUCUAACCAGUCACUGCAUGUUAUUUAUUAUAUGUGUCCUUAUUAAAUGUAUCUGAUGUUUAUGCUGUUGCAAUGAUGUAAUUUUAUUAUUUUUUAUAAUAGUUAUUUUUAUAUAUGGAAAUGUAAUUCUUUGUGUUAUUCUUCUCCUCUUCAACAUACAUUCUGAAAGCUCAUAAUUCUAAUAAUUUGUGGAUUCUUUUAAAUAUUGUAAAACAUAGCACCUAAUAAUAAGGUUUAUUUUUUCUUAGAACUAUUACUUAAUUUUUGUCUAAUUAAAAUGUGUAGAACUGCCAAGACACUAUUGGCAGUAAACAUUAUUAAUUUGUUUCACAUUCUAAAGAAAAUACUUCUAACAUUUUCUUUUUUAAAAGAUUUUAUUUAUUUAGGGCACCUGGGUGGCUCAGUUGGUUAAGCGACUGCC